AUGGGCUGCGACGUGCUUCCGAACUGCUUCGUUCUCGAGGAUUAUUCGCGGCAGAUCGGAAUCGACCUCGUCAACCAGGAGCUUCACGGCUAUCUCAACCCCUACACCUACGAGAUCAAUCGUACUCGCCUCCUCCUUCUCGCCACGCUCACCGCUAGACGUUUGCUACCCCGACUUCGCAGAUCAAAAACCCGAUCAAAUCGUCCCGCCUCCCGCUUUCAGCGUGGACGCUUGCCAGAUCAUCGACAGCGAGCCCGCGCUUUCCGAGCUGAUCGCCUCGCUUCUCCGCGAGCGCUGCUUCGCGUUUUCGCUGCGCGAGCAUUGCUAUCGGUCCUAUCUCGGAUUCACCUGCGCGAUUUCGAUCUCCACGGGGACGCGGGACUUCGUGAUCGACGCGGUGCGGCUGCACGACUCGCUGUGGCGGCUGAACGAAGCGUUCAGCAACGAGAAAAUCGUGAAGAUUCUGGGCGAGGAGGACUCGCUUCUGCUGAAGCUGCAGCGCGAUUUCGGGAUUUACUGCGUCAAUUUGUUCUCGAUCCACGAAGCUGCGCGCGUGCUCUCGCUCCCCGAUACGUCCUGCAUCGGCGUGCUCGCGCACUACACCGGACGCUCGCUCCGGCCGCUCAGCCGACUCUGCGACUGGAGGUAGGCUCGGGGUUUUUCUGGAAUUCCAGAAUUCGGCCGUUUGCGAAGUGGAUGGUGCAGGACGUGUGCGAAGCGGUGCAUUUCCUCCCGUUCGUCUGCGACUGCAUGAAGAAGCAGCUCGUCGAGAACUCUCCGCCCUCGCUGAACCUCAUCCACGACGUGCUUGCCCGCGGGAAUGAGUCGUGUUUGAAGUCGUUCGAGAAGCCGAUCUACUCGUUCGAGUACGGCAAGUGGCUGAUCCCGAAGUGGCUCGGCCUGCUCUUCAACAAGACGCAGAAGAUGCUGUUCCUCUCGCUGACCUACUGGCGGGACAUCCAGGCGCGUCUCCUCGACGAAUCGUGCGAAUUCGUGCUCCCGCUCGAUUGUUUCGUGCGGAUUGUCUUCAACGCCCCCGCGGUUCCGUGGAGCCGGGUCCUGCGCGCGCGCUCCCCCGCGGUUCAGGCGUCCGCGGAGGUGCUGAAGGAGCUGGUGAAGCGCGUGCUGGAGAUCAAAGACGGGAAGAUGGCGGUGUACGCGAUGAUCGUCGAGGAGAGCGUGCGUCGGAGCAUGCACUGCGAGGUGACGACGUGCCAGUGGAAUCUGUCGGACAGUUUCCGCGUGGAUCAGGUGGAUUUGGGACGGCGAUCGGAGGAGAUCGUGCACGAGAACGAGCUGUUCGCGUGCGACUCGCAGGAAGGACUGCUGCAGCGCUUGCUGAACCACGGGACGUUCAAGCUGGUUCAUUCGAACCUGUCGAACGACGAGGGGUAUCUGUAUUAUAACCCGUCGUCGCUGCCGUACAACGCGACGACGCCGCUGCGGAACUCGAUUCCGUAUCUGCCGAUCGAGGUGGACGCGAAGGGCGUGCGGAUCAGCAACGUGAUCCCCGCGAAGUACGUCAACCGGCACAUCCGCGAGUACGUGGAGCGCGUGAACGCGUCGCGGACGCCGCAGGACGUGGAGGAGAUGCAGCAGAUCAAAUCGAGUCUGCAGCUGCCGACGAUCGCGAAGAAUCUGAUGAUGCUGGGCUCCGUGCUGGAGGACGAUAUGAUCUCGCUUUCUUCCGACGACGAGACCGUCCUCGACGACGAGCUGAAGCAGAUCGCCGUGGAUUUGGCGUCCGAGGAGUACCAGCCGCACUACCCGCCUCGCACGCUCCGCGAGAUCUACUCGCUGCCGCAUAAGAACCGCGGGGAUCUGAAGGACGGGCUGUCGAUGAGCGUGAAGGAGCUGAACGAAGUGCUGGGCGUGGUGCAGAGCAGCGAGCUGACGCAGGACGACCUCGACGCGCUGCUCACCGAAAGCUCCACGGCGGAGAUGAACGACAUGGAGUUCCUGGACGCGAUCGGCUGGACGUCGAAGGCGGACGAUCUGGAGAAAGUCUUCGCCGUAGACGACUGCUAUCAGGUGGUAGCGGAGGAACGAGCGCAGGAGCGAGCGCAGGAGACAACGCUGGAGAGCUAUGCGAAGCUGAUGGAGAGCCGGGGCGGCGGAGAGAAGGGAGAGAUGGAGAUGAACGGGUUUGGACAGGGCAAUGGAGGACGCGGAGGAAAGGGAGGCAGACAAGGGAGACGAUAUGGACCGAGGGGAAGCAAUAGUGGUGGUGGUGGUAGUAGUAAUAGUAAUGGUAAUAGUAAUAAUGGUGGGAACAGUGGAAGUGGAAGUGGUAAUAGGAACAUGAAUAUGAAUCCUCGAGGAUAAGUGAAGUUGGGAGGUGAAAGAAGAAGAAGAGGAGGAAAACGAAAA